AUGCGUUGCGCUCAGAAGACCUGGCGCAUUUCGGCUUGGGCCUGGAGGCCCCCACACGUCUCCACUAUGUCACGGCUUCGUGGGUCUUCAUUGUUUUGUUCAAGCAGGUCAUGCUAUUCAUCGCUCACGACCCCGUCAUGCGACGACGCCCCCAAAGAGCCUGGCAUCGUGUACAACUGGGUUGAUGGCGCAGAGACCAUUGAACACUAUCAACCGGGCGGAUACCACCCUGUCAUGAUUGGCGAUGUACUGCACAAGCGAUACCAGAUUGUUGAUAAGUUGGGUUACGGGGGUUAUUCGACCGUUUGGCUUGCCCAUGAUACUAACUUCAAGCAAUACGUCGCUUUGAAGUGCCCUGGAUCAUCUAAUGAGCAUCCAGGUCGUGAUGCGAUACCUCUCCCUCUUGAUGAAUUUGAAAUCAGCGGCCCAAAUGGAACACAUCAUUGCUAUACCAUGUCGCCUGCACAAUGCAAUCUUCGAGAGGUCUCUUUUUCCCGCCUCUUCUCUCUUGAAGUCACUCGUGCUCUAUGUUAUCGUCUCGCACAAGCCAUUGCGUAUACACAUCUACAGGGCUAUGCCCAUGGAGGUUUGUCACCACAUUCCCUCAAAUCCGCAGGUCAAUCACUCACCAUCAGCCUGAAUACGUCUCGAUCAGAUGUGCAUCUGGGCAACAUUCUUGUCAAACUGCCUUCUUCACUCGAUCAACUCUCGGUUGAACAGUUCUACGAAACAUACGAUGAGCCUGAAACCUGGGAAAUCACCCGUCGAGAUGGAAAGCCACUUUCCUCCAAUGUCCCAGCAAAAGCAGUCGUCCCUUUGUAUCUUGGAAAAGGCGCGGAGAAAUUCACUCUAUCCGAUACUUGCAUUAUUCUUAGCGAUUUUGGCGAAUCCUUCAACCCGACCUCAAACUCUCGCAAAGGCGAAGAUUGUCACACACCACUCGCGUCACGACCACCCGAAGCGCGUUUUCAACCGAAAGUACCCCUCUCGUUCUCAGCUGACAUAUGGAGUCUCGGUGCGUGUAUCUGGGAGAUCCUUGGUAUGAGGGUUAUCUUCAACAGUGAUUGGUACUCGGCAGAUGAAGUGACUUGUCAGCACAUCGACAUACUUGGCCCCUUGCCCCAAAACUGGUGGGAGCAGUGGAGUGAACGAGGUAAGUUCUUUGAUGUGAAUGGUCGGCCUACGGAGGGUCGCUACGUUUGGCCUCCCAUCGAACAGGCCUUUGAGGAAGAUAUUCAGGAAUACAGAAGAAAGCGUCAUGUAGGCGAGUAUGGCAAGGAGGAAACUGCUGCGAUUCUGGAUUUGAUGCGAAGGAUGUUCGCAUAUCCACCCGAAGAUCGACCUACUGCUGAGGAAGUCUUGAAGUCUGAAUGA